GCUGCGGGCGGGAGACCUGCGACCUAGCUCUGUGACUGCGAUAGCGACACCAGCCCGGAGGGAUCCCCUGUGCCAACCCGGUGUCCGCCCAGAAUCCCCGAGUCCUCUCGCCCAGCGGACGCGUGCUGCGGUCAAGCUGGGUCCCUGGACUCAAGAGGACACGCGGGGACCCGGUGAGCUCGGGGAGUCGCAGCUCCACCGCAGACCCCCAGGGGCGCAGACCGCGGAAUGGAGGCCUGAGGGAAGGCAUCUUCCUGCACCCCUCUCACUCUACUGCCUCGCUGCAUUGUCCAGAGCAUCCAGGGAAGAGAGCAGGAGCACAGGGAGAGUCUGUGUGUCAGUGAGCACACAGCAGCCACCUCCCUCCCCAACUCUGAUGCGAGGAAAUUUCUAAUUUCCACAAAGGUGACUGCUGGAGGAAGGAAGGAGAGUAAAUGAAGAGAAAGAGCUGGAAUCACUCCUUCCAGAAGAAAGGGGAAGCAAGUGUGGCUGCAGAUCCCCAGUCUUGUGAAAGCCACGGCCCCACCUGGGAGCAGGGUGGUGGCCAGGGAAAUGGUGGGAGCCUUGAAGAUGUCCCAUGGCUUCUGAGGGCGCUGCCAGGUGGAGGAUCAGAGUGGCAGGCAUGGUGCACAGCCUUUGGGUGUUGAUCCUGGGGCCUGCAGUGCUGGCUCUGGAAGAGGUGCUGCUGGACACUACAGGAGAGACCUCUGAGAUUGGCUGGCUCACCUACCCACCAGGUGGGUGGGACGAGGUGAGCGUGCUGGACGACCAGCGCCGCCUGACUAGGACCUUCGAGGCGUGCCACGUGGCAGGGGCCCCCACAGGCACUGGGCAGGACAACUGGCUGCAGACGCACUUUGUGGAGCUGCGAGGGGCCCAGAGGGUACACAUCAGACUACACUUCUCCGUGAGAGCCUGCAACAGCCUGGGUGUGAGCGGGGGCACCUGCAGGGAGACCUUCACCCUCUACUACCGCCAGGCUGAGGAGCCCGAUGCCCCUGACAGCAGCCCUGCCUGGCACCUCAGGCAGUGGACCAAGGUGGACACCAUCGCAGCAGACGAGAGCUUCCCUGCCUCCUCCUCCUCCUCCACAUGGGCCGUGGGCCUCCACAGGACUGGGCAGCGGGUCGGGCUGCAGCUGAACGUCAAGGAGCGCAGCUUUGGCCCUCUCACGCAGCGCGGCUUCUACGUGGCCUUCCAGGACACAGGGGCUUGCCUGGCCCUGGUGGCUGUGAAGCUCUUCUCCUACAGCUGCGCCCCCGUGCUGCGGGCCUUUGCCUCCUUUCCUGAGACACAGGCCAGUGGGGCUGGGGGGGCUUCCCUGGUGGCAGCAGUGGGCACCUGUGUGGCUCACGCAAAGCCGGAGGAGGACGGAGUUGGGGGCCCAGCUGGGGGCAGCCCCCCCAGGCUGCACUGCAAUGGGGAAGGCAAGUGGAUGGUGGCCGUUGGGGGCUGCCACUGCCAGCCAGGACACCAGCCUGCACAUGGAGACAAGGCCUGCCAAGCCUGUCCUCCAGGGACCUAUAAGGCCUCAGCUGGGAAUACUCCCUGCUCACCGUGCCCUGCCCGCAGCCAGGCCCCUGACCCUGCAGCCCCCAUAUGCUCCUGUCUUCAGGGCUUCUACAGGGCCAGCUCUGACCCACCAGAUGCUCCCUGCACUGGCCCUCCGUCAGCUCCCAGGGAGCUUUGGUUUGAGGUUCAAGGCUCUGUGCUCAUGCUGCACUGGCGCCUGCCACAGGAGCUGGGGGGACGAGGAGACCUACUCUUCAACGUUGUGUGCAAAGAGUGUGGUGUCCAGCAGGAGCCUGGCAGUGGGAGCACAUGUCGCCGUUGCAGGGAUGAGGUGCAUUUCGAUCCCCGCCAAAGGGGCCUGACUGAGAGUCGAGUGUUAGUCGGGGGUCUCCGAGCACACAUGCCAUACAUCUUGGAGGUGCAGGCUGUCAAUGGUGUGUCUGAGCUCAGCGCUGACCCUCCCCAGGCUGCAUCCAUCAAUGUUAGCACCAGCCAUGAAGUCCCCUCUGCAGUCCCUGUGGUACACCAAGUGAGCCGGGCAGCCAACAGCAUCACCGUGUCCUGGCCACAGCCUGACCAGGCCAACGGGAACAUCCUUGACUAUCAACUCCGAUAUUAUGACCAGGCAGAAGAUGAAUCCCACUCCUUCACCCUGACCAGCGAGACCAACACUGCCACCGUGACGCGGCUGAGCCCAGGACACAUCUAUGGCUUCCAGGUGCGAGCACGGACAGCUGCUGGCCAUGGCCCCUAUGGGGGCAAGGUGUACUUCCAGACACUGCCGCAAGGUGAGCUGUCCUCCCCACUCCCAGAAAAGCUGUCCUUGGUGAUCGGCUCCAUCCUGGGGGCCUUGGCCUUCCUCCUGCUGGCGGCUAUCACUGUGUUGGCCGUUAUCUUCCGACGGAGGCAUCGUGGGACAGGCUACACAGAACAGCUGCAGCAGUACAGCAGCCCAGGGCCUGGGGUAAAGUACUAUAUUGACCCCUCUACUCAUGAGGACCCCUGCCAGGCCAUCCGAGAACUCACCCGAGAAGUCGACCCUGCAUAUAUCAAGAUCGAGGAGGUCAUUGGGGCAGGCUUCUUUGGAGAAGUGCGUCGGGGCCGCCUGCAGCUCCGGGGAAGGCAUGAGCAAGCUGUAGCCAUCCAGGCCCUGUGGGCUGGAGGUGCUGAGAGCCUGCAGAUGACCCUCCUGGGCCGGGCUGCCCUCCUGGGUCAGUUUCAGCACCCCAACAUCCUGCGGCUGGAGGGCGUGGUCACCAAGAGCCGGCCCUUCAUGGUGCUGACGGAGCUCAUGGAACUUGGGCCUCUGGACAGCUUCCUCAGGCAGCGAGAAGGCCACUUCAGCAGCCUGCAGCUUGUGGCCAUGCAGCGAGGAGUGGCCGAUGCCAUGCAGUACUUGGCCAGCUUCGCCUUUGUGCACCGAGCACUCACUGCCCGAAGUGUGCUGGUGAACAGCCACCUGGUGUGCAAGGUGGCCCGUCUUGGCCACAGUCCUCAGAGUUCAAGUUGCUUGCUCCGCUGGGCAGCCCCCGAGGUCAUUGCACACGGAAAGCAUACAACGUCCAGUGACAUCUGGAGCUUUGGGGUACUCAUGUGGGAAGUGAUGAGCUAUGGAGAACGCCCCUACUGGGAUAUGAGUGAGGAGGAGGUCCUCAAUGCAAUAGAGCAGGAGUUCCGGCUGCCCCCACCUCCAGGCUGUCCUCCCGGACUACAUCUUCUGAUGCUGGACACCUGGCAGAAGGACCGUUCCCGGCGGCCUCAAUUUGACCAGCUGGUGGCUGCGUUUGACAAGAUGAUCCGCAAGCCUGACUCCCUGCAGGCUGAUGGUGGAAUGGGGGACAGACCUUCCCAGGCCCUCCUGAACCCUGUGGUCCUGGACUUUCCUUGUCUGGACUCGCCUCAGGCCUGGCUUUCAGCCAUUGGACUGGAAUGCUACCAGGAUAACUUCUCCAAGUUUGGCCUCUGCACCUUCAGUGAUGUGGCUCAGCUCAGCCUGGAAGACCUGCCUUCCCUCGGCAUCACCCUGGCUGGGCACCAGAAGAAGCUGCUGUACAACAUCCAGCUCCUCCAGCAGCAUCUAAGGCAGCCUGACUCAGUGGAGGUGUGAAUGUGGCCUGCCUGGGCGAGAAGCUGUGCACUGACAAAAGCCCAGGACCUCACUGGAUGUGGGUCCAAGGAGAGAUGUGUGAGAUGUGAGCAAGGCUCCGUGUCUACCUCCAUGCCUGCCACACUCACCCUGGCCCUCUGGAAAUGGAAACUGUAUUCCCCAGUCCUCCACCCCUCCACCAGCCUACCCCACAUUAAAGGGAAAGAAGGGAAUUUGCAAGUUCA